CGCGCGACGAACGUAAAGUAAUAAUUUCACGUGUCGCUGAUAAUUGUUAAGAUCAAGUUGGUGAUAUGGCAAAUAUAUCGAUCAAAUCCGUCGCUUUGAAAUGGUUCUAUUUUACCUGUCUUGGUGGAAUGGUGCUUUACUCAGAAUUCUGCCAUCUCGCGUUCAAACGAUAUGGAUUGACUCCAGAACAAAUCGGAUUCACAACUCUCAUGGGUGUUCAACAUUUCCUGCUUCCGUUUAUUCUUCUAGUCGCUGACAAAUUUCGGGCAAGAAAGCCGGCGGUUUUAGCAGGAACGAUUGUUCUGGUGUUGGCUUGCUUACUUGCAUACUCGCCUAUGAUAAUAUCACCUACGUGUUUUUACUCGCCCAAGUUGUCAUCCAAUAACUCGAAUGACUUGAUGUCCAUACCACAACACGGUCAAUUGGCCAACGGCUCCGUAAAUAUAUCAAGUUCAAAUGAUACCUAUGUUUCAACCAGCGGAUUACAAUUUCAAGAAUCGCCACCAAUACAACAUGUACCUUGGCUAAGUACACUCUUUAUUUUUAUGGUUGCAUCAAGAUUGAUAACAAUAAUGCUUGAGAGUCUGAUAAUUUGCUUGGCAAAUCUAGCGGUGGUUGCAUAUCUCAAGGAAAAGCGUUCAGAUUACGGAGAAUAUUUCAUGUGGAGCCAUAUUGGCGGGGGCGUUGCAAUUUUCGGGGUGGCUCUGCUCGCUUGGGCUGUCAGAAUAGAGUUCUGUGGAAUUAAAGGCUAUGGUUAUAAUUUAAUGUUUAUAGCCGUGGGUUGUAUGGCGUUAUUGUCAAUGAUGUCUCUACCGUGGUUGACAUUUGAAUACGAAGAAACAAAAACUAUAAACUGGAGAGAAUUAAAAUCAACUUUGUUCAAUUUUCACUACGUUUUCAUGUUUUUCGUGCUAUGGUACUGUGGUGCGUGUAUUUCUUUUCAAAUAAACUGGGAGUUUUGGUACCUGGACAAAUUAACAGCAAGUCCAUUAUUGAUGGGCGGAGUUGCCUUGAUUCGAAGACCACUGUUGGCACUUUCAGCCUACAUGUCUGUUCAUCUCUUAAAAUAUAUCGGGGAAAUGAAGACGAUUUGUGUGGCUUUGCUGUCCUAUUCAAUGUCAUUUUUUGCUCUAUCCUUCACGAGGAUACCCUGGUUUGUUCUUGGUAUCGAUAUUUUCCAGGUGUUAGCUUAUGGCCUGAGCUACUGUGCGUUUACGGUGCAUUUCUCAAAAGCUGGAUCGAAACAAUUGUCAGGUGUCAUUCUUGGUAUGGUGGAGACAAGUUUUUCCAUUGGAAUUGAUGCUGGUACGACAGUCAUUGGAGUACUGUUCAACGCUUUGGGGACCCGAAUCACUUUAAUGAUCUUUUCCUUAUCCUCGUUCCUAAUUUUUAUUGCUUUGCUAUUGUAUAUCAUUUUUUCAAAACAUGUGGAGGACGAUUAUGAAGAACUUAGUCAAGAAGACAGCGCUAAUAAGUACGAUGAUCCUGAAGAUAAUCAUGAAUAAUUGUAAUAGAUCUAUUCUUGAAUCACUAUUCUCUAGUUUGCUAGAAGGGGGCUUUGGUUAUU